CGGAGUUCAGACCGACCUGUGGUAACUUCUCUUGCAACACCAUGGCCCAUGUAUUCUGUUCGGCCCUUUUAACUCUGCUCUUCCUCCUCGCGUCCUCUGCCGGCGUCUACGGACAUGGAGGGGUAGGAAGAGGCGUCCUGCAGAGUGUGGACUUCCUUGGACAGGAGGAGAGCUUGAUUGACCAUUUGGCCGUUGAAGACAUGUUGGCUCGGACCGGCCAGUCAGCUGUUCGAGUACCAGCCGGGCAACCGUGGUCGCUGUACCUGCCUGUGUUCGCAGACGCCUGCGUCCCCCUGCGGCGUCGCCCUCGCCGCCAUGGCCUCCGACUUCCAGGGAAACGUCUCACGUGGGGUUUUACAGAUGGUGGACUCUUGGGGGAAGCUCCGGGACGGAUACCUCCACGGGACGCCCUUCGUACUCGGUCUCGGCUCCUUCAGCGAGUGCAUCCACGCGGACUCUCCUGCUCUUGGUAUCAAGGGGAGGUACUGCAGCGUCUUCUCUCUCGACAACAAAACUCGACUGAGGGCGGAUGCUGACGCGAAACUCCGGCUGGCUCAGGCCUCCGCUAACGUGGACAUCGGGUUGUUUACGCAGUACGGUACCUGCAUCCCGGACGCCUGUACCGAAGCAGACAUGGAGGAAAGCCUACGCAUUGCUCUCGAUGGCCGGAAGAAAGUGACAGUUGCUUGCGAGGCCCUGGAUGACAGACCACAGUUCACUUCCGGGGAUAUUGCUAUGAUAAGUUUCUUGAGCGUGAUGUUGGCUGUGAUGGCGACUGGUACUGCUGCCGACGUCUACUACCGCGCCGCCACUUCGUCAGCGCCCAAUUUAGGUGUCCGGUUCCUGCUCCCGUUCUCGGCGUACACCAACCUGGAGAAAAUGUUCCACGUGGCGACCGAGUCUCGUCCGGGGGUCAUCUCCUGCCUGCACGGAAUGAGGGUUUUAUCCAUGACCUGGGUGAUCCUCGGCCACCAAUACGUCUUCGAUACACUCUUCAGCGUCAACCUGAAACACCUCCAGAAGUGGACCAACAGGCUGGUCUUCCAAGUGAUUGCCAACGCGUCUUUGAGCACGGACUCCUUCUUCUUCCUGUCGGGGCUGCUGGUGACCUACGGCGUCCUGAAGGAGAUCAAGAGGACGGGCAGAGUUGAUAUCAUUAUGUAUUAUGUGCAUAGGAUUAUCAGGUUAACGCCACCCAUAGCUGUCGUCACGCUCUUUCUCGGGACGCUGUUCAGGUUCCUCGCCUCCGGACCAAUGGCGUAUUACGUGACUUCGAUGUACACAAUCUGCUCUAACAAAUGGUGGUUUGAUGUUCUCUAUGUCAAUAAUUUCCUCGCCUUCAAUGAGACCACCAAUCAAAUAACUGAUUGCCUCGGCCAGUGCUGGUACACCGCCGCGGACACUCAGAUGUACCUGGUGGCUCCCCUCGUCCUGUUUCCCCUCGCCUACUCCCCCGCAAAAGGAAAGAUUCUUUUGUAUGUGGUAACUUUAGCGUCGGCCAUAAUCCCAGCGGCAGUUAUCUAUGUCAACGAUUUCCCACCUGGAUCGUUAAUAGGCGGUGAUGAAAACGUUGACAACUCGGGUUACCAAAAACUCGUGUACUACAAGCCGUGGUGCCGCAUGAGCGCCUACGUCGUAGGUAUCUGGGCCGGCUACAUCAUCUUUAAACAGGACUCAAAGAAACUCCACCUCUCGCCUAUGCAAGUGGUAUCAGGGUGGACAGUGGCCACAUUCUCGGCUUUGGCAGCGCUGCUCGGCAUGUGGAGUUACAACCAGCUGAUAGUCGAGUAUGACUUCGACCCUAUGACCCAGGUCUUGUACGGCGGCCUCCACAGGGGCGUCUGGUGCGCGUCCCUGGCUUGGGUCGUGGUGGCUUGUCACUGUGGGUACGGAGGUGUGGUAAACGACUUCCUGUCUCAUCCCACGUGGCAGCCUCUCUCUCGCCUGACGUACAGCAUCUACCUCGUCGCUCUCCCUUUGCAGCUUCUGGCAACGUUCAAUCUUAAGGACCUCGUUUACUUCUCGCACAUAGACAAGAUCAUCCACGCGUUGGGCGCCGUCUUCAUCUCGAUCGUGGCGGCCGUGUUGCUGUCGCUCACCGCCGAAGCUCCGAUCCUGGGUCUGGAGAAACUCAUUUUUAGAAGACCUGGUCGAGGGGAAGACAAGCCCAAACCCAUUUCUCCAGAAGGCAAUAAGGGUCAUGAUAACCUCGCUUUCACCAACGACAUGACCGAGAAAGUCGACGUCGAGGAAGAAAAUGUCAUAAUGGAUGGCGUGUCAUCGACCCUUGGAGAGGAGGCAGUAACCCAAUUUUAGGUCUUUUCGUUGAGUUAUUAUCCUCAGUUGGGUUCUCUCUCUCUCUCUCUCU